UUUCAAGACCUGAAUUUCUGCUGCUAUUUUCAGAUUUAGGUUAAAUGUAAAACUUAUAUAUUUAAACCAAUUGUUGGUUUUAAAAAAUGCCUCUCACUGGGAAAAUACUCAUUGAAAAAAGUGAGGCAAAUCGUUUUUUGACGAGAAAACUCCUAAAAAACUCAUGGCACCACUUUGAAGAAGCGCAGCAGGGGAACAUAGAAAGAGAAUGCAUUGAAGAAGUAUGUAGUUGGGAGGAGGCAAGAGAAGCAUUUGAAACAGAUGUAGCAGGACUGAAUCAGUUUUGGAACCAAUACACUGGUGUUACUAGUAAUUCUAGUGAGGACAAUCCAGUUGGAAUGAUCGUUGGGAUUAUAUUUGGUGUGAUUGGAUUCAUAGCCCUAAUUGCAAUUGUUUAUUUCUGCUGGAAAAAAAGACAGAAAAAGCUGAAAAGGAAAUUACAUAAAGAACCAUAUGCGCCGUAUCCCGUGCUUAGCUUCUAUGCUAGUAAAAGAGGCGAAAGUGCACCAUCAGUGAACCACUAUGAAACACCUUUAAUGGAUCGAUUUGACAACGACUUAGCUGUGGGGUUGAGUGAAUGUUAUGUGGAAAGAGAACGACUUCAACUAGGAGAGGUUAUAACCAGUGGCAACUUCGGUGACGUGUACCGUGGCAAGCUGAGGUCGCGGCAGAAUACGUGGCACGACGUGGCAGUUAAAAGUUUGAAAAGCCUCGAAAAUCACGAAGAUGUCGAAAAAUUCCUCCGUGAAGGGGUGAUGAUGCGCGGGCUAGAUCAUAGAAAUGUUCUCGCUCUUAUAGGUGUGUGUGUUGAUGGGGAAGUAGAAAGGCUCCAAACUUCCCCACUAAUUAUCCUCCCUUUUAUGGAAAAUGGUGACUUAAGGACUUUUCUAAGAGAUGGAAAUAACGUCCUUACUGUAUUGAAACUGCUAAAGUUUUGUAAGGAUGUUGCAAUGGGAAUGGAAUAUUUAGCAGAAAAGAAAUUUGUUCAUCGAGAUUUAGCUGCAAGAAACUGCAUGGUUGAUAAAAACUGGUGCGUAAAAGUUGCAGAUUUUGGAUUAUCUCGUGAUUUAUUUGAUCGAGAUUAUUACAGAAGUAGUGUCAAAACACAACUGCCAUUAAAAUGGAUGCCACCUGAGAGCAUUAAGUAUGGAAGAUACGGCGAAAAAAGUGACGUGUGGUCCUAUGGUAUUGUAUGCUGGGAAAUAAUGACCAGAGGAGCCAUACCUUACCCUACUGUACAAGCUGUUGCUAUACUACAAUAUCUGUCGGAGGGAAAUCGAAUGGAGAGGCCAGAAUGCUGUCCACAUAAAUUAUACAAAACAAUGGAAAAAUGUUGGCUUGACGAUACAGAACGUCGUCCAACGUUUGAAGAACUUGUAACAAUCACAACUAAAAUUGUUCGUGACGCUCGUCGCUCUGUUAAACAUAGAAAACAUAGUUGUGAUUCCAGCUCGUCAGCUGGUAGCGAUAACCCCCUUAACCCGUACCAGAACAGUGUCAAAGAAAAAAACGAAAACAGCAAACCAAAGCCGAAACCUAGGACUUCUUUACGCUUGAAAGACAAUGAAAGGAGUGACAAAUACUCUGCUCAUCAAGAGAAUAAAGAGAGAAGGACAGAUGAGAGGGGUGAGAAGAAAGAAGAAGAAGAGAAAGAAGAGAAACCGAGCAGCAGGUUACCGAGUAAUACAUCUGGUGCAGAAGUUGGUUUUUACAACGACACUGAUAAUCAAGCUAGAACAAUAUCUGUGUGAUCACAUGAAAAAUAUCAUGAUAUGAUCAUAUGAACAAUAUCUGUGUGAUCAUAUAAAAAAUAUCUUGAUAAGAUCAUAUGAUAUUAUGUGAUCUAAUUAGACAAUUCAUAUGAAGCCAAAAAGACUUAAAAUUUCGGUGCUAUUAUUAUUUUUUAUAAAUUUUUUCGAAUUUUCUGUAAAGUUGUUGAAAAAAUGUAUUUGUUAACCUGCUAAGAAGUGAGUUUUUGUUUGUUUAUUUUAAAUUUUGAUUAGUUUUUUAUUGAUAGUUAUGUCUUCCAUACUGUAUACUAUCUCAACUGGUAUUACAUUAAUUUAAAAUUAAGUCAAAAAUACCAAUAAUUACAUAAAAUAGUAAGUUGGGGUAAGAUGGUUCAUGUUUUCAUUCAAUUUUAUCGUCUCAUUCGGUAGUAAACAAAGAAUAUUUACAGAAUUAUAUAACUGUAUCUUAACGACUCUUAAAAAAAGUGUUGUUAAUUGUUAAAAAAGUGAUAUUAUGUGCUAAUGGUGUCCAUCUUACCCUACAGUACUAUACAUUACAACCAAAUUUAAUUUUUUUAUAAAUCUAAUUUCAAAAAAAUGGCUGCAUCUUUUUAUAUGUCUUUAUAUUUCAAAACCAUGUGUUCUAUAAAAACAAAAAUAGCGUUUAUGAACUUUUUUGUUCUUUUUACAUAAAUUACCAAGAACGUUUUCAUUCUAAACUGUACAUGUACAGUUUUAGUUAUUACAUUACGGUACUUUUUUAUGAGUGUGUAUUGAAUGUCUGCCUUUAUUUUCUAUUACUGUAUAAUGUAAGCACACAUAUAUAUCUUGUUGCUUUUUCUCAUACCGUCGUAAGAAUUUAUUUCUAAAUUUUGGUACAGUAAUCAAGCAUACGUAUUUGUACUUUUCGAAAAAGACUGAAAUUCUUUUUUGACACUUUCUAUUCAAUUUUGGGGCCAUUCUCUGUGUAAUUUUUGUUAGUUUCUGUCUAACUUCGACAUUUUCUGUGUCAAUUUUGGGAGUUUCUGUCUAAUUUUGGCAUUUUCAGUGUAAAUUUAGGAAUUUUCUGUCCAAUUUUGGAAUUUUCCGUUCAAUUUUCAGAGUUCUGUACUUUUGCUUUUUCAGUGAGGUAUAUUACUUUACACAUUCCACUGAGAAAUACUGCCGCUUAAAAUAAUCUUUUUCGUUUUAAAUUUUCCUACUAAAGAUAGUCCUGAAAACUACAUUGCCCUUUAUUGAGUAUGCACUAAUGUAAAAAGGCCAAAUCUUUAUAUAUGUCUAAUUGUCCAACAGUAUACACUUUUGGGAAUCACUUAGUGUUGUAAAAAAUGCAUGAAAUAUUGGGUAUUUUGUCAGUAUCUUAUAUCGCACAUAUAUAAACACUCAUUGUGUUUGUGCAGAGAUAUAUAGUUUUUCAUUAUAUGCAUGAUAGAAUGUGUAUAUUCGUGCCAAUUUCCGUAUACCUUGAAUAAAUAGACCUGCACAAGAUA